GCACCACUCUCUCCAGAUGUGGAGUUUCAUGAUCCUGUUCGGACCUCUGACUGCGCUGUUGAGCAAGAGAUGCUUGACCACGGUAUCUUAACAAGGGAGGACUUGGAUCUCAUGGUCCAUGGCAGUGAAUUGCCCAACCUUGGACCGAAUUUCCACAGUCCCGAGGCACUUCUUGCAGCGGUGGAUCAUUUUUCCGAAUAUAAUGCUGAGCAGCGCGCUGCGGCGCGUCAACUCAAAAAGAUGCUAGAGGAAAUUCAUAAUCAGCAGGAACGGGCUGAUGACGAGGUCAUCGAAGAGGAGCUGCUUGAUGCGGAUGGAGAAUUUGACGACCUACAGGGUUAUCAAGAUCCUGGCAAUGCUGAACUUGAAGAUGUGCUCGUAACGACUGGACAAACAGGUGAAGAUGACCCGGAUCCUUUCAUCACCGACGACGUCUUUGCGGGCUCUCUCGACACUAACCUCUCCCAUGUCCCACCACACUUACUCACCAUAUACGCACUUGUC